AAAAAAAUAAUGCGUUAAAUAUUCGGCAGCAGUGCAGUGCAGUGCAGUGCAGUGGGCUCAUCCGCCUCCUUUCCUCAGCUUCAGCUUGUUCCUCUAAACCAGAAUACAUGGAUCAUGGAAUGUAUGAAAUUCACGCAUCGGAUGAUGAUUAUGGAGAAAGAGCUUUGAUGUCUCCGGACAAUAUGAUUAUGGCUGCCGAAUACGCCCAGUAUCAGUACGAUUCCAUGAUUCCCACCGCCGAUCACCAACAUCGGAUUCCCGCGUUUGAAUCCGGCGACGAAUUCGGGUUCCACUGCUCCGAGUCAGCUUCGUUUAGUGUUCAGAAUCAAGGAGGAAGAGAUCAGGAGGAUGGCGUGAUCAAGGCUAAGAUUGCUUCUCACCCUUCCUAUCCCAAACUGCUCGAUGCUUACAUCGACUGCCAAAAGGUUGGGGCACCUCCCGAGAUAGCCUGUUUACUGGACGAAAUCAAGAGGGAAAAGGACUUGUGUCCACAACGAUCAGUUUCUAUGUGCUUAGGAGUGGAUCCUGAGCUCGACGAGUUUAUGGAAACGUAUUGCGACAUACUGUUGAAGUACAAGACAGAUUUGUCAAAGCCGUUUGACGAAGCAACCUCCUUCCUCAACCAGAUCGAGAGCCAACUCGGCAAUCUUUGUAUGGAUGACGGUGGUUUGUCGUCGGACGAGGAGGAGUUGCUGGAGUUGGGGGAUGGAGAUGGAGAUAGAGACAGAGAUGGAGAUCAUGGUGAAGCACAGACACAGACGAAAAUGGAAGAUAGGGAACUGAAAGACCGGCUGCUGAGGAUGUAUGGAAGCCAUAUCAAUAGCCUGAAGCUUGAAUUUUCCAAGAAGAAGAAGAAAGGGAAGCUGCCCAAGGAGGCCAGGCAAACUUUGCUUGAAUGGUGGACUCUUCACUAUAAGUGGCCAUAUCCAACGGAAGCAGAUAAAAUAUCGCUGGCAGAAACGACGGGGCUGGAUCAGAAACAGAUCAACAAUUGGUUCAUCAACCAAAGGAAGCGACACUGGAAGCCUUCAGAGGACAUGCACUUGGCUAUAAUGGAUAAUCUCUCAUUUAUGGAAGAUUAACCUCACAUGACAUCACCUGCAUACAAUACAAAUUUGAACACAUCCUUCCUCCUCCUUCCCUAUCUUUGCCCUCCUUGUAGUAGCAUGUAUGUAUGUAUGUAUCUAUGUAUGUAAUUAAUUAAUUAAUUAGUCACAACUGGUUAAUGCAAGACAUAACAUAUCCUUGCUUUCAA